AUGGCCAUCAGGCCAGGGUGUUGGGUUCCUUGGACAACAAUGAAAAAUAUGCACUAUAUUGGCUACUCCUAUGGCAACCUUAUAUAUGGCCAUGAGAAUACACUACCUCAAAAAAGUGGUACCAGGGUUGAACGUCCACAGCUAAUUAUCGACAAGUAUGAUGACCCUGUCUUUGGAUCCCUCACAGCUCCUCUUGCAUCACCUGACUCCUCGUUCAAGCUGGACCCUACCUAUUCCAGUAGAAUCUACCAAGCUGUCCGCCUCGCUCUGUCAUCUGAACCAAAAUGGGUUAAGGCAGCGAGACUUGAUAAUUUGUCUGUGUUCGUUGGCACUGAAACGAAUAGCCAAGCAUUCGCAUGGAAGAACCCAGAAAGGUGGGGAGGGAGAAGCAACUGCGUAUACUUCUGGGGUGUCCAUGAACCUUGGUGA